AUGUCCUUGUCGCAAUCGGCGAUGAUGGUUCUCGAAGGCGAAUUGCAAUCGGCGCUAGCUAACAAGGAUUUGCUACCCGUCGAGACCUAUGAGCUGGAAUUGAAAUUGGCGACCAAUCCGGCUUUGCGAUGGCGCCGCGAGGGUGAUGACUCAAGUGAUUGCUCAAUUGCAGCAGGCGAGAAGGCCAGCUUCACCGUCGAUGUCCUUGGAAAACCAGGAUUGCAAGAAACCACAGUGCAGAUCGACUAUUCCCGCCUAAACGCAGCCCCGGGCGAAUUGCCCGAUGUGUUUUAUACUCGCCAGCUGUUUGUACCGCUGACGGUCACGAAAAAUAACAUCGAGCCACCUGUCGAAUCGGUUAAGGAAUCUGAUGCGUUGCUCUCUACCGAAGAGAACGAUCCUUUCUCUCAGGUUUUGAGCCGCCUUGGCAAUGGAGCAUAUGGGCCUGAUCAUUGUGUUGUGUUAGUUGAUUUGCGCAACGCCUGGCCAAACCCAGUCUCUGUGUGGCUGCGCGUUAGCGAGCAGUCAAUAGAGCCAUCUUCGACAGAAGUGACAACCAGCAGUGACACGACUGGUCAAUAUUCUGUUGGCGGAGAACUCCAGCCUGGUCAAACCUCCCGUUUCGUCCUGGUCCUGCCUCGCGUUUACCUCGACAACCCACAUGCUUCUAUUCCAGUGCUAUCGUUUGAAGCCGAGGCAGCUUCUCGCGAGGCUUUCUGGUUCCGCGAAGAGCUCCUCAAGCGAGUUCUCGGGGGCUGGAAGGAAUCAGCCACCAGCCGCGAAGGAUCCAUCGACCUAAGAAACAUCAGAUUGAACAACCGCAUGGUUGAGGCGAUGCGUCUCGAGGAUGUUGAGAUGACAUUCUCUCUGACAUCGCCAUCUUCACCUGAUGACUCUGAAGCUGUUGAACAAACCGGCCGUUCUCGCUUCUGCGUCAAGACUGACGACCUUCUCACGUUGACUGUCACCGUUCAUAAUCGCUCAUCACGCCCCAUUCACCCCCUCCUGCGUCUCCAGCCUAGCAUUCGCCACCAGCCAAACAAUGUUGCACUGGAUCUUACUCGACGCCUCGUUUGGACCGGCAUGCUGCAGCAAGCCCUUCCCAUUCUGCCAAGCGGUGAGUCUGCCAAGACUUCAAUUGGCUUGACUGUACUUUGUCGAGGAGAAUACGAAUUCGGUGCUAGUGUUGAGGAGGCCCGGAUUUUGCGGCCAUCAGUCUCUGAUGGCAAUGCCCCAAGUGCCGACGCUGCGGAUCUUCAUGAUGAGGGUGGUAUCAAAGACACAUUUGGUGUAGAUGUGCAUACCCCAAAUAUCUGUACAAUCUCUCAUGAUAAAGCUAGGCAUAUGCAAUUUGAUGAAUACAAUGUCUUGAUCUCACCGAAGAAGCUUAACGGCCGAUUUUUCUUAGGGCCUGACCAUGUGAGCUUGGCGAAUGCAGUUGCUACAUUCAGAGCGUAUGCCACUGCGUAUUACGCGCUGGUCAAUUUGGCCCAUUUGCAGUGCUCCGAGACUAUCCUCAUUCAUGGCGCUGACGGAGAGCAAGGUAAGGCGGCUAUCCAUCUGAGUCGCUACUUCGGAGCAAAGGUCUUUGCCACCGUUGGAUCUGAAGAGCAAAGAGAAAUCAUCGCCAAGGAGUAUUCUCUCCCGCAAGAUCGUGUCUUCAACUCGAACAGUGGAUCUUUCGCUCACUCCGUGCUCCGUGCUACCAAUGGUGAAGGUGUUGAUGUGGUCCUGAGUUUGGUGGAUGAUGACUCUGCGCCGCAGGAGCGUCUCUGCGUUGGCGAUUUCGGCCGCUUCGUUGGAUUGGCUGGCCGAGACCACUCUUCCUACAGUGGACUUUCCACUAUGCAGCAGAGAAACGUCGUCUUUGCCACCCUCGACAUGGAAGUAGUCGAGAAAAGCCGACCUCCCACGGGCAAAUUUAUCUUGGAUUUGGCCGAUGAGUCGCCCGUGCCUGUCAUUCUGCCUCGACUGGCCUCCCUCGAACUCGACUCUGAAGCUACAUACAUUCUCAGUGGAGGUCUCGGAGGUCUGGGACCCAGUGUCGCAGAAAUGAUGGUUAGCCACGGUGCCCGUCACCUGGUGUUCCUUUCUCGCUCCGGGCCCAAGUCCGCCGAGGCACAGGAGCACCUCCGUCGGCUGAGUGGGCUGGGAUGCAAGGCAGAGGCAUUCGCUUGUGACAUUGGCACUCUUUCUUCCGUGGAGUUGGUGCAACAGCUCGGCACAGAGAAGGGAUGGAAGAUCCGUGGUGUUGUGCAAUGCGCCAUGGUUCUGCGCGACAGCACAUUCGAGAACAUGACACACCAGAAAUGGACUGAGUCCAUCCAACCCAAGAUUUACGGUAGUUGGAAUCUGCACCAGGUGUUUGGCAGCCAGUCCCUGGAUUUCUUUAUCAUGCUUUCUUCUGUUUCGGGUGUCAUCGGAAACCCAGCUCAGGGUAAUUACACCGCUGGAAACACCUACCAGGAUGGAUUGGCACUCUACCGACGCCAGCAAGGCCUCCCCGGUACUGCACUUGCAGUUGGUGCGGUGAUGGACGUGGGUGCUUUCGCGGACAACUCCUACUUCGAGAACUUCCUUGAGAAAUUCGAGCACCUGGCAUCCUUGACUGUCAAGAUCGAGGAAGUCAUGAUUAUUCUGCAGACACUGAUGAAGGGUCAGACCGAGGAUGGAGUGACCGUACCCCCACUUUUGGCCAUGGGUUUCACCGAAGAGCUCAAGCGUGAUGGAAACAUCACAAGUCUGUGGCCCAAGGAUCGCAAGUUCGACCACCGUAUCGAGCUGCCUGAGGAUGGUGACGCCAACGCCGGUGGGGACAAAGUGCGCCUUGCCGAUCUGAUCGGCCAGGUCACUGAUCUUGCUGAGGCAGGAAAGGUGGUCGAGGAGGCCCUGAAGGCUAACCUUGCAAACGCCAUGACAGCCUCUCCAGAGGAUGUUGACGCGGACAAGCCACUCCACGCCUACGGUGUGGACAGUUUGAAAGCCGUUGAAGUUCGCAACUGGCUCUUCCGAGAGUUGAAGUGCGAUAUCUCUGUCUUCGACAUUCUCAGCCCCAUGUCAUUGGCUAAGCUGAGUGUGAACAUUGCUGAAAAGAGCAAGUUCCUCCCUGAGAGCAUCAAGCGAGGAGACCAAUUUGAGUAA